UUUAUUUCCCUUUUUAUCAGUAAUUGUUAAUUAAAUUAAUUCCCCAAUUCUAAUUACUCGGAAUUAUGGGGUGCGCAACCUCUAAGCAUGAUGACUUGCCGGCAGUCGCUCUAUGCCGUGAACGUUGCGCCUUUUUAGACCAAGCUAUUCACCACCGUUACGCUUUUGCCGAAGCCCAUGUAGCUUAUCUUCACUCAUUGAAAUCCGUCGGCGCUUCUCUUCACCGGUUUUUCCAACAUGAUCUCGAUCUUUCUACUUCAUCAUCUGAUAGUCCUCUUUCUCCGCUUCUCAAUCUCCCCGCUCAUCGGAAAGGUCACCUUCCAGAACCUUCCUCUGCCCUUCCUCAUCCAGUUAAAAAACCUGCUGCUCCCAUUCACCACCCUCACGAUUCUCACUCUAGUUCCGGUUCACACCUUCACUUCCACUCUGAAUCCGACGAAGACGAUGAUUCCGGUUCCGAGUCUUUGCAUCACCAUACGGAAACCCCUACUCAUGGUAAUCAGUAUGGUCAGUUCACUUAUGCUGAUCAUGAAACCCUAGGGUUCGGAGCACCACCAUAUCAAGUUGGUGGGGGUGGGGGUGGGGGUGGGGGUGGGGGGUUCGGACCACCAUAUCAAGUCGCUGGGGGUGGUGGAUUCGGACCACCAUAUCAAGUCGCUGGUGGUGGUGGGUUCGGGACACCGUAUCAAGUCGGCGAGGCUGGUGGUGGGUUCGGAGCACCAUAUCAAGUUGGUGGUGGUGGUGGGUUCGGGGCACCAUAUCAAGUUGGUGGUGGUGGGUUCGGCGCACCAUAUCAAGUCGGUGGUGGUGGGUUCGGCGCACCAUAUCAAGUCGGUGGUGGUGGGGGUGGUGGAGGGUUUAUGCAUAUGAAUUUCAUGAGGAAACAAACGACUCCCUCGGUGACCUAUCAUCAACGACCCAUAAGUCCGGAGACUGUUCGAAUGGGUGAAGCGUCUUCUUCCUAUUAUCCUUAUCCCAAUAGUAACAACCCUAAUUCUUACAACAACUAUCCGAAUUAUCCCAAUUACGCUGGCGAUUUUUUUUCCUCGUCGAUUCAAAGGCCGUACGGUGUUUCAUCUCCCCCGGCGCCGUCUGGAGCUGGGCCUUCAUCAGCGCCGUCAACUUCAAAACCACCUCCCCCGCCGCCCUCUCCACCGAGGAGCUCACCUUGGGAUUUUCUGAACCCUUUUGAGACUUUUGAGAGUAAUAAUUACCCUACACCGUAUACGCCAAGCCGAGACUCGAGAGAGGUUAGGGAAGAAGAAGGUAUCCCUGAUUUGGAAGACGAGGAUUUUGAGCACGAGGUUGUUAAGGAAGUUCACGGACAUCAGAAGUUUGUCGAAGGUGAAAGCGAAGGCCACGGAGGGAACCAUUCAAAAGCAGUGGCAGAGGAAGAGAGAGAGAAGCAAAGUGAUUCGGAGUCGCUAUACCAUGGGAGGCCAAGUGCGUCAAUGGAAAAUGAGCAGGUGGAGUUUGAGGUACACGUUGUGGAUAAGAAAGUGGUAGAUGAGGAAGGAAAGUCAGGGCAUGGGGGAAAUGUUGCUGGGUUCAAAGCUCGUGCAUUCAAGGACGACUCUGAUGUUGUGAAAGAGAUUCAGGUUCAGUUUGAGCUAGCUUCUGAAUCUGGAAAUGAGCUUGCUAAGAUGCUGGAGGUUGGAAAGCUUCCCCACAAUCGUAAGAACGCCACAUAUCAAGUGUCUUCCAAGAUGUUGCAUGCAAUUUCACCUUCAUUGUCCGUAGUGUCAUCACAACCUUCUACGUCAAAGAAUGCUGCGAUUCAGAUUAAUGAUCCUUCUGCUUCAGAUGUUGAAGGAGAUGUUAGUUCAAGGUACAAGAACCUUUCUUCAACGUUAAACAAGCUGUACCUCUGGGAGAAGAAACUGUAUCAGGAGGUUAAGUCUGAGGAGAAGAUAAGGGUGCUUCAUGAAAGGAAAUCUGAAAAGCUGAAGAGAUUAGAUCAAAAGGGUGCUGAGGCUCACAAGGUUGACAUGACAAGGCAAUUGGUUAGAAGUCUCUCCACAAAAAUUAGAAUUGCGAUUCAGGUUGUCGAUAAGAUCUCUGAGAAGAUAAACAAGAUGAGGGAUGAAGAGUUAUGGCCGCAACUGAAUAUACUUAUUCAGGGGUUAAGUAAAAUGUGGAAAGGCAUGCUUGAGUGUCAUCGUAACCAAUGCCAGGCUAUUGGAGAAGCCAAAAGAUUAGAUGCCAUUGCAUCUCACAAACACUUGAGUGAUGCUCAUCUUGAAGCCACUCUGCAGCUUGAACAUGAGCUUUUGAACUGGACUUUGAGAUUCUCUUGCUGGGUGAAUGCACAGAAGGGCUAUGUGAGAGCACUAAACACCUGGCUCAUGAAAUGUCUUCUGUAUGUCCCCGAGGAAACAGCUGAUGGAAGAGUUCCCUUUUCUCCAGGCAGAAUUGGUGCUCCCCCAAUUUUUGUCAUCUGUAAUCAGUGGUCACAAACCAUUGAAGGAGUUUCUGAGAAAGAGGUUGUUGACUGUAUGCGAGAUUUCGCAUCAAAUGUCCUUCAGCUCUGGGAGCGAGAUAAACAUGAAAUGCGGCAAAGGAUGAUGGUGCACAAGGAUAUGGAGAGAAAAGUGAAAAACCUUGAGAGGGAGGAUCAGAAGAUACAAAAGGGGAUUCAUGCACUGGACAAAAGAAUAGUACUCAUUUCUGGGGAUGAAACUGGUCUCUCAUUAAAUAGGCAUGCCGUUUACCAGAGUGACACAAGCAAAAAUAGUAGCCUUCAGGUCGGUCUGAGACAUAUUUUUGAGGCCAUGGAAAGGUUUACUGCCAAAUCCUUGAAGGUGUAUGAGGAACUUCUACAACGCAUUGAAGAAGAUGAUCUGGCUUAAAGAGCAUGAGAAAUUGGUAUAGCACUACCUUGAGAAGGUUAUGUCUUCUGGGUGCCUGUUAUUAUGGUACUGUUGGAAGUUAUUGAACAGAGGACAAUGUGAAAUGGAGCAACAGAAACCUUGUUGUCUUUCUCUGCUCUUGCUGUAGCAUCAUCACAGCUUGAUCAGUUUUAGUUUGGAAGCGGGGUUUAUGGCAGAGGUAAUUCCUGAAAUAAGGGGAUUAAAUGCCCUAGGAUAGGCACCAAUCCUCAAGUCACUGAUGUGCUUACCAGAGGGGACCUGAGCUAGUGGAGAUGUAUAUAUAUUAUGAAAUGGUAUGACUACCUUGGCACUAAAUGGGAGUAUUUAUGGUUGGAGACAUUAUGACAUGCUAUGACUUACCUUGGCGCUAAGUGUCAUGGUGGUUGUUUGCCCCAUUGGCACCAUUGAGGCUUGAAGUGAACCCUACAUGGUGGCCAGUCGGUCCCUGUGGCAAGUUUGGUAGCUACCGACGGACUAAGUUGAGCCAGACUGAGGAC